GACACGCAACUCCAUGUCGCAACUCUAGGUCGAAAGCUUCCUAAACGAAAGUAACAACAUUAAUUUCAACUGAUAGUUCAGAGGCAGAAACAAAACUAUGAGUAAACCAGAUCUAGGAGAUAACGAUCAUCAACAUAAUCAAGUCUUAACAGACGCUGAGAGCCAUAUUAAACAAGCUUGCGAGAUGUUACAACGAGAAGCAGUAAGACUUCGCCACGAGCAGAGAGCUAUCGACGCCAUGUCGAAGAAGUUGGAACAUGUUCACUUUUCUUCAACAAUACAGCUAAAUGUUGGCGGUCAUCGCUUCACCACAAGUCUCCAAACGCUGACCAAAGAUCCAAAUUCGAUGCUGGCUGCCAUGUUUUCCGGGAAGUUUGAGAUGAAGCCUGCUGAUGACGGCGCUUUCUUUAUCGACCGAGAUGGAACACACUUCCGGUUUAUACUUAAUUAUCUUCGUAGUGGGGAGUUGAUUUUACCAGAAGGUGCAACAUUUCUGAAAGAACUCAAAGCUGAAGCCAAGUUCUACCAGAUCCAAGGGAUAUUGGACGAGUUGGUGCCUAAAGCUUCGCAGAAUUUCGAAGAAUCAGUAAUUCUGACGACUGAAGAGCACCGAAGCGUGCUGAGCGGUUGGUUGCCUCAACAAUACGGCAAAUGGCAGCUUCUGAUGCGAGCUUCUCAAGAUGGCUUUCAAGCUCAAACCUUCCAUUCCAAAUGUGACAACAAAGGGCCCACUGUCACCAUCGUGAAGAGCGGAAACAACAUUUUCGGUGGAUUCACUGAAAUAUCGUGGAGCAGUCAGGGUAGCUGGGUGCGCUGCUCACAGUCUUUCCUAUUCAGCAUGAUGAAUCCGCAAGGAGUGGCUCCGAGUAAAAUGUCUCUUGUAAAAAAUCAGCAGAGAGCCAUUUUCUGUGAUAGCAGCUAUGGGCCAUCAUUUGGAGAAGGGCACGACCUACAUAUAUCAAAUAACGCAAACACAAGUGAUAAAAGUUGCAGUAAUCUCGGCCACACGUAUCAGCUUCCCACCGGACAGCACAGCACAUUCUUCACGGGAGCUCAAUAUUAUAAUGUGACGGACUACGAAGUCUUUGGAAUCUGCUAAUGACAACCGUCGCCAGCAGGUUAAACUUCACGAUGAUUUGAACCAUCUUCUCGGUUAUAACUUUUUCAAAAGCUUAACUUUUAUUUCCAUUUUCUACAUCGAAAUACGUUAUUUUCUUCUGCCUGCAACUAAAGCAAAUUACAAGAUUCCCGUAGAAACCCAUACUACACCAUCUGACUAUGUCUAUUGGGGAAAUAUUUUCGAGCAAAGUUCCACACUUCAUUAUACAUACUGUUCUUGGAUCAGAGAAAGCAAUGGCAAAACAGUAGAUCGCCUUUAAUUUGGGAUUAAAGCUUUGCAUUGUUUAAGAAUAGUAUUGGGUUAUACGGAAAGCUUUCCAGUUGUCUGGCUGACGGAAAAGAAGCCGUCACAAGCACUGAUAAAAAAGCUGUUCAACACUUUUACUUUUAGUAGAUUCCGGGAGCCCUUCUAGACAAUUCGAAUUCCUAAGGAAAUAAAUGUGUAGAAAAGCCGUAGACGAUCCAGUUAUCUAUAAACUUUUUUCAUUUGCGCACUCGUUUCACCGGUGGAAAAGAGGCGGAUGAAACAAAUCAAACAAAAAGUAGGAUUUGGUAGGUUGUUCUUUAUGGAACGUAAUAAAUAUACUGUUGACUUG